GAAUUUCCUUGUCCUCCCUUCGUUUCUCUUAGAAAAGAAACACAUAAAAAAUAGCAAUUGUUUUCUAUUUUCGGUAAAGAUGUCUGCUCCUAUGUCGGUAUAGAUAGCUCCCAUGUCCUUUUCCAGGUCAUGCUCAAACGCAGUACUGGAUUUCUAGUGCAGAGAGAAUUUUGUUGUUCUUGAUCCCAUUCUUCUACCUGUUUUAAUUGAUUUAAAUAGAGUGCAAAAUGAAGGGAGUGUGCCAUGUUUUAUGGCAUGGAAAUAUGUCACUCUUUAGUAGACAACGGCUUCCCACCAGUGAUUGGCCACCUGCUGUAGAUUUCUUAAACGCUAGCAUCGUACUUGCUUCUAUAUCAGGUACCAAUGAUGAGGAAUUCUCUGCUGCAACUGCUUUCUCUGUUGCACCGUUGUGUUUUUCUUGUAGUAUGCCUUAAGAUGUUACGAGUUAAGCCCUUUUGAUGCGCAGAUCCAUCACGGUAAAGAAUUUAGUAGUGGCAGUCAGAAACUACUAGGAGAAGCAAAAUGAGAAUCCAGCUGUGGUAUGCAAGAGAGACCACAUAGGACAUAGCGAAAGAAUUGAUUAAGCUGCUAGACUCCAAGAAAAUCCAUCGAGUUUAUGUUGUGGAUGAUGAAGGAAGUCUGGAAGGAGUGAUCACACUCAGAGACAUAAUAUCGAGGUUAGUACAUGAGCCCCGUGGAAACUCGGUGAUUUCUUUAAUGGCGUUUUGCCUCUUACCUGCAAACAGCAGGUUUUGAAGAGUAUAAGCCUGGAAGUUGUGUUCAGCUUCCAGUUGAUUUUUCUGAUGACUGAUUCCAUCUUCGUGUGAUGAAUAUCACUUUUUGGUGACUGUGACAUAGCUUGAUAUGCAAAGUUCCCAUGUGAUUAUUUUUCUUUCCAGUUUUACAUGUUUUAGUUUUUCUGUAAAUUUUGAUGAAACUCUGUAUGAGCCGAUCUCCACUCUAGUCUAAUGAGGCAGCUUUCUUCAUGUUUUCUUCUUUGUUUGAAUAACUGAUUGUAAAUUAG